GCAGCAGGAGGUGCAGGGAAAAGAGGUGACACCAUGACGAUAGAGGAGCUGCCGCUCAGCGGGAUGACCGUGACACGACUGGAGGAGUUCCUCACAAAACCUCCGCCCGGGUUCUCCGUGGAGGCUCUCGGCUCCGACUACAGAGUCCACAGCGACCCGGAGGAGAGCCUGGUGCUCAUCGAUGACUUCGACUCCUGCAGAGGGAAAGUAGUUUUCCAGAAUUCCUCUGGAAGGAAGGUGAAGAUGCACAAUCUGUGGGAGUACACCAGCACGAGGAAGAGUCUGCUGUCCAGGAGGAUCUUUCUGCUAAUGUCUACCUGCGAACAGAGCGGCUCGGUGUCCAACAGAAAGGCGGCUGGUGAAGCCAGAGUGCUGCAGCAGUACGUGGUGUCCAUCGACGGCGGCCAUCCGUUCAUCAAGUGGCAGAUGGAGAGAGGCCUGGACUGGACCAUCUCUUCUGUUGUGGGGGAAAGCUACAGGGUGGAUGUCGACUUGACUGAACUGCUGGAGAGCUGGGCAGCGAGAAACGUCCACAUCAUUACUGACAGAGGAGUAAAAGUCAAACCAGUGUGGAGAGACGCCUCCUUCACCCUCAAAUACUACUCCGACGCCCUCUUUGACUUUCCACACUGGUUUGGCUUCAGCAAAAGAAAAUUUAAGCUGUCACCAUUGAAGCUGAGACUGACAUGAGCCAGCAGCGGAUGAAGAGCAAGUGGAGGUUUUGAUGGAGUCCGCUCCCUCAAGAACGUCUCUGGAUGAACAGACGAAUACCAGCCCGCCAGGCGAAGGACCAGCCUUCCUCUUGGGACUGUAGGAACUACUUUAUAAUGGCUGUUUGGGUCCAGAUGCUUCCUCAGUUCAGUGGGUGGACACCACUGACAAGGACCUUCUGAAAGCCAUGAAGGUUAUUUUCUGUGUCUGACUUGAUUUUAAAGGCAUUUUUAAAAACCGUUUUAGUUGAUUUACUGUUGUGUGAUGGGUUGUGCUGCUGCAGAAUCAGAGAUUUGUAGACUUUUGUACCCUUGAUUCAGCGUUUGUUUAUGAGAUGUUUUUAUUUUUUACCAAACUCAAAUACAAUAAAUGCUCUUUUACAACUACA